GGACGCCACAUUUUCUCGGCAUAGGCAGUAGGCAUGUCCCCUGCUUUGGUUUGGGAGCAAUGUCGAUAGUUCCGACAAUUCGCUAUCACGGACGUUGGCGGUCGCUGGUUGUCACUCACAUCUGUAGUGUGUGUAGGUGCGCACGAAGGUUGCUAUCUCAGAGGUAACUGGUUCGUGUGCUGCUGUAUCCGAAGUCAGCAUAAUUAAUUAUAAUUUUAUCAGUAUCUCGAUCAGAGCACUCAGUCGAUACGUCUUUGUAUUCGAAGCGAUAGUAGGCUUGCUACUUUUCUUCAAUUCGCCGGAUUGUAUCUUGGCAAAUGGCCUCAACGGUUGCGCGCACAGGCACACGGCAUCAGCGCGGUGAAGUGACGGCAGGCAUGCGACCAUCUCGCAGUAGUACUAGCUUGACUGGUAAGCGACGAAUACGCGUCAUCCCCGAGCCGGACUUCCAGAACCCGUAUCGCCAUGAGUUACACUGGACAGAGAACAAACGAGUAAAGUUGAUACUUGGUGCCAUCUUCCUCUUCCCAUUACGCCUUAUGACACUACUGUUCCUAACGUUCUGGGUGUACGUGGUGUGUGUACCGGCUACAUGGGGGCUCGGCUCCUCUCCCACCAGUCAUCUCAAGCCAUUGCAGCAGAUUCUGGUGAGGAAUGUCCUUCGCGGUAUCAUCGGGAGGCUGAUUGCCCCCGUCCUGGGGUUCUACCACCCGAAGAUAACCGGGACACGGGCAUCGCACAGAGAUGCCCCGUUCACUGUCAUUGCUCCGCACACGUCGCUAUUCGACGUGAUCAUGUCUGGCGUAUACACUCCUGGAUCGUACGUGUCACUGCUGCAUAUGCGUGGCCUGCCGCUCGUGGGCACUCUGAUGUCUGUUGCUGAGAUGGUCUGGGUGGAGCGAGAUGCAGAACGAGGGGUGGAUGCUAGCAGCACGUCUUCUCGCCAGGCAAUUGAGGAGAGGCUAAACUCGCCGAAGCGAUGGCAGUCCAUUGUCGUGUUUCCGGAAGGCACUGUUCAUGCACCGGGAGUGCUCAUCAACUUCAGGCCAGGUCUUUUCCUUCAUGGUGUACCAGUACAGCCAGUCGUCUUCCGCUUUAAAUCCAGUGCAGAAUGGACAACUUGGACAGACCCUGAUCACAGCCUGUGGAUGUCGGUGUUCCACACGUUGUGCCAGUUUGAGAAUGAAUUUGAAGUUGAGUACUUGCCAGUAUACACACCGAAUAUGGAGGAAAAGGCCAAUCCAAUCCUCUAUGCGCAUAAUGUGCGCCAGGUGUUUGCAAAUGCACUGAAGGUUCCCUGCACGGAGCACUCCUGCGAGGACACACUGCUAACGGAGUAUGCCACCAAGCUGGGUCUGCCCCUGUCGGCCGGCUGCAUAGAAUUCCGGCGUCUGAGAGAAGACUUUGGCAUGCUAUCUUACAGAUUAGUGAAAAGGUUGCUGAAGCACUUCUCAAAGCUGGACUCGGACAAAGAUGGCUUUGUCACAGAGCGUGACAUGUGCGUGGGAGUUCCCUGGCCCUUUCCGGCGGACGUCAAAAAAUGGUUUGCUGAUUUCGACACGAGUGGACGGGGACGUGCAUCUUUCCGCGAGUACGUCAUUGCAUAUGCUGAAGUUGUCCAUCACCUGGCCCUGGACACGGAACUUCUUCAGCGUGCAUUCGAGGCCCUGAGUGAAGAUCCAAGCAGGGCAUUGCAUCAGACUUCGCCGCGGUGCAUCACACUCGUCAGCGUCAAGAGCUUCUUCAGCCGGCAGGGCGGCUACGUUCCCGGCACGCAUAUAGGAUUCCACGGCACACUCUGCCCUGACAGGCAGCCAUGCGGACUAGAGACGUUCUGCAACCGACUGUCCAGAUGUCCAGAUCUGUACGUGAUGCUGGACACACUGAUGCACCGUGCUACUGCCGGUGAUCUCAACACAGUGCAGUGAUGGAAACAGUGCAACUUGAGUCGUCCAUCACUAGCGUACUCUUGUCAGUGCUGUCCCCGUUGACCAGAACUGCUAAUCAAGAGCUGGACAUUGCAGCACGUUGGCACAUAGGAACAGAAGCCACCUGGCCUCGGCAGCAAACUUCUAUUAGUAUCUGGCUGCCAUGCUAGAUACCUGUGUAAUGUGUGAGAGUAGUCAUGUGGUUUGCGUGUGUGACUGCUGUGAGUAUACAUGUAGCUUGCGUGUGUGACUUCUGUGCCAUGUUAGUGGAUUUAUAGAGCCACUGCACCUCUCCUGCAUCCCAGCAGCUUAUACUUGUAGCAUGUUCUGAGACUGAUAACUUUACCUAGACGAUUAUCGUGCACUUUUGUUGUUUGUUGAAUUCUCCCUCCGUGAUCGAACACUUGAAAAGUACAAUUUUGAGUUUAUUAUUCCAGAUAUUGUGAAUAACGUUAGAUGAACAGACCUUUAGGACCACUAGUUUGAAGGCGUUUAGCCGCAAGAACGCAUAUUCAGCACCGUCAUACUGGAUCAGACUUCACGAAGGAAAGUGUAUUGUACGCAUAAUAGGGCCACGGUCUUGUGGUAUUCGUGUCUUCAACUUUUUUGGUGACUCAGCAGCGUGACCGGUGUUUGUGCUUUGCCUAAUUGAACUAUAAAAACGGAGAACCCGUUUAAAUGUGA